AUGGUUGCUGAGAGAUUGGGUGGAUAUCGACCUGUGCCCCACACUGAAGAUCUUCUUUUUAUCUGGUUUAUCUGGGCGGAUCCAGAAUACGAUGACAUCUACGACAAGAAUCAGACAACGGACUUUGACUUCAAAUUGGCCGACACUUACGCGAUUUGGUGGACGAAUUUCGCAAAAUACGGAAAACCGACGAUGGACAAUUCGUGGAAACCGGUGGCUCUGGGAAGUGAAAAAUUGCAACAUUUCCGAAUCGGUCAACCGGAAAAUGGGGGAAUGAAAAUGGAGGAUGGAUAUCAUGAUCUGGACUAUCAAAUCUUUCAGCAGGAGUUACAAAAAAAGUGUGGCACCACAACGGAAUCGAGCACCGCCUCGACACUGCCAGAUGCUACAACAAAAUCGAGCACCGCCUCAACACUGCAAUAUGCUUCUGUUUAUAAACUCGUGAUGACAAUUUCUCCUCCUUUAUUUGGUGAAUAUUAUGAUCAAGUGGCUGACGAUCCACCAUAUUUACCUUCAGAUGAUGUGAUUUCGACUACAAGCACCGAGCGGCAUAGAAUAGAAGAGUUGGAAUUGGCAACAGUGGCUGCAUUCCAAGCACAAGCCAAUCUCGAACAUCAGAUCGAAAUCGAAGCAUGGAGACGGGCGAAACUCGAACAUUUUCAAAAAGUGAAUGCAAACUCGAUGCAAAUCCAAUCAAAUAUGUAUGAUCGAAUACAGAUGAGAUCAAUCGUCGAAAUGUACCCUCAAGCCAUUCCAGCUCAAAACCAACAUCUAAACAAACAAAUCGGUCUUCUGAAGUUCCUGAUCGGUAUCGGUGUAUUGCUUCUUUUGAUGAUUGUCAUCUUAGUCAUUGUAUUGAUUUGUUUCCAUGGA